AUGGAGAAGACCGAAAUGAAAUGUGAAAAUGGAAAUGUGAUAACGAAGGUAGAACUAAUGUCGAAAGAUGGAUGGAAUAUGAAUUCAGAAAUUCAGAAAUUCAGAAAACCAGAGAGGAAUGUAUCAUGGAAGACGAUGCAGGAAAGAAAAUGUAACAUCGAAAUCUCUGAAGCGCGGAAAAAUAUAGCUGAAUGUGAGACGAAAUUUGUGCGCCGCCUCAUAUUUCUUCCUUCCUUUGACGUUACACCGGAAAUUGAAGAUUGUGUCGAUGGUGUGAGACAUUCCGAGAGUGAACACUCUGUUGUGAACACGUUCGAAUGA